AGCCAACGUUACGGAAAUAGAUUUCGGCUGGUGGCGAUGCAACAGCUUCUUGUAGACGACGAGCAGUGCCGAACGGUCGGAAGCAGCCAGUACCGUGACGACCAGUUCCCGAGGAAAACCGGAGAAAUCGCCUCCGCGAGGUCCCACAUGAAUAACCCGGGAGCUGAAAAAUGGCGCCCGAUGGCCAUCUCGAACCCAUCGACCCGGUUGCGCAUGGCAAGGUCCAUGCCCCACUGGGUACUGGCGCAACAGCAGAAGGAUGCGGAGCAGAAGCAGCAACGCCAACCACCGACCCCACCGAAAGUCCCACCGCCAUCGCUCUCCGGAGACUGUGGUGACCCAGACUACGAGAUCAUCGAAUUUCCGACCCGACCGCAAGCACAGAAGUCCUCGACACCGGGCACGACGUACAAAUGCGCCCUAUGUGGCACCGAGAACGUCUUCGCUCGUUGCGAUAUUUGCAAUGGGAAUUAUUGCGAAGCCUGCGAUGACAUGAACCACAAGCACCCAAAAAGAAAAAAUCACGUACGAAGAAGAAUCUUAACCGAUCUAGCGACGAGAACGCGACCACCUCUACCGCCAAAAGGGGAAAAUGUAUCGUCUCCGCCACCAAUCCCACCGCCAAGAAGAAAUCGCAAAAGCGCUCAGGCUAAAUCGACGCAAAACCAGGGAUCUACGAAUCUCUCCUUGAUCGAAAGAGUCGACAGCUCGAAGCGAGCUCUUCCUAACACCACCAGGCCACUGUCAGCCACCCUUGACACGAAAACAGUGUCGAAAUCCAUGCAGUCUGUAAAUACUAUCACCAACGAUGGAACCGGAUCAGGAUCAGGGACUGACAAAAUGUCUACGCUGCAGGAAAGGUACAGGAAAUAUCAGGAAGCAAUGAGAGCGCAGGAUGCUAACAGAAGGAGGCAUCCUCCCUCUGAUAUCUCGAGAGAUACAUUGAAUACAAGGCCACUGAGCGUAGGCAGCCCGAAACUUACGCCUCCGGUACCACCGCCGCCGCCACCUAGAUCUAUGAUGCAAUCAGCCAGUGUUUGCGAUUUAUCGUCGCCACACAUGUGGAGUCCAGGAAUGCAUCAGGCUCAAUCAAUGGCGCAUCUAGGUCCUGGAGGUAUUCCAAUAAUGUGGUACCCACCGAAUCCACCAUGGGACAUGACCAUGGGUGGUUCCACGAUGAGUCUAAAUCAUCCAACAAUGUGGGGUUAUCCCAUGGGAUUCCCUCCGUCACAAAUGCUUCCACCACACUAUCCGGGUUCUAUAUCAAGAUCACAUAGCCCAGCAAGGAGCGUGAAAUCCAGCAGAAGAUCGAGAGCAGUCUCGCCAUCACCAAGUCUGAAAUCUAGGAAAUCAUUAGCUAGCAGAUCACGAUCGAGAAGAUCGCAGGGAUCACCGUCUGACGCUAGUUCUGAAGACUCUGGUGAAUCAGAUUUCGACGACAGGCUCUCUAAAAGUUCUAGGGGCACCAGACGUGGAAGUGUGUCUCGGAGUACGAGGCAAAGAAGCUACCACGAAGAUGAUGGGUCUAGAAAUUUGUUAAAUAGAAAUCGUCGCGAACGACUAAUGUCAGAAGAAAGAAUGACCAGUACAGAGGAUCAAUGGUCCGAGAGUCACUCUAUCAAACGAUAUUCAACAUCACCAAAGAACCAUGACGAAUUUCAAAAGAACACUCUAAAUUCACGACGACGAUACGACCAAGACGAACGCAGGCUCUCCAGGCUGGAUUCGCGAUUAGAUCGCGUUCAAAACGGCAGCUAUCGUCAUAGACGAAGCACCGACGAUGACUCUUCAGACAGAAAGUCCACGCUACAAACACGCUCUAGAGUAACCAGUUCCUCUGACGAUCAUUUCGACAGAUCAGAGAUGGUUCCUCGACGAAGGGACGACGAGAUGAUUCCAAGAAGAGCUUCCUCUGUGAGAAGAGAAGUAAGUUUGGACGAUCUCGAAAGAGCCUCUCGUAGAGACUCUCGAAGGUCCUCUAUAGACAGUGACACACAAAUUACCAGAAGAACUCCUUCCAGAGAAGCCUCUAGAAGAAUCCAAGAAGUAGAAAGAAUUGAUAAUUCACGAUCUAAUAGGGAUGAAGACGAUGUACCACGAUGUGCUACGAAGAAUCUACGAAGUCGUGAAGCUUCUCGUGAAAGAGAAAGUGUCUCAAGAAGAGAGUCUACGUUGAGAAAAGAAAUGGAAGAAGCAGAGAGAAUUUCUGUUAGAAGAAUGUCAUCCCAUGAUUCUGAUAGUCAGAGCAUUAGAAAAACUCCAUCUCGUGAAUCAGUUUCUAGGAAGAUACGUGAAAAUGAGGAUCGUGACGUGACGCGAUCUGUGAAUAAGAAUCAAGAAGAGGCUCGGCGAUAUAUCGAGACAGAAAAUCGAGAAGUUAGACGAUUUAUUGAAGAAGAGAAAAGAAGAGAAGGAGCUUUAGUAAAGAAGAUGGAAAAUGAAAGAAGUAAACAUUUAGAAAGAUCACCAUCGGUAGGCAAAGAAGAGAAGCAUGGAUCAACGAGUGUGGAUCAACGUAACAAGUCACCGAAAAAUGUGAAACUGAGAGAGGAAACGAGUACCACGAUGGAAAUUCCUAAAGAGGAAUGGGCAUGCGAGCAUUGUACUUUCAUAAACGAUUUAAAGGAUCGUGUCUGCGUAGUUUGUUGCAAAACGAGGAGCAGCGCGUUACCACCAAGUAGCGAAGAAAAUCAAGAAGAUGUUCAAAGUGGUUUAAGUGAGAUUCCUAAAAAUGAAUUAGCGACUACGUCCAGCAACAUUAGCAACCCUAGUCCUGAUCUGGAAAAGAAGACCAGCCUGUUAAAGAUUUCAAACAGCGAAGAGAGCGGGGAUAGUGGUUCCACAAAGAACAAAGAUUCCGUGACGCACGAAGAUUCUCCUGCGAUGGUUCCAGAGAAAUCAAUCGUUGAAUCUUCGUCAGUGAUAGGAAACGAGCCUACAUUGAUAGCAAACGAUAUAUCAGUGACAACCAAGAGCACCGAUGCUCCAAGCAAUAUCGCUUCUUCGAAAAUAAAUGAGGAAGAGCCAAUGAAACGACCAAUACUCGGGAAAAUUCCAAAAAGCCAUUCAGUUUCCACCGGAACCUCUCCUCCUCCUCAGAACAUUUCCACUCAAACGUACGACUAUCCUCCAACAAGAAGUAGCGCUGGAUUCGUAAGAGCUGCAUCCACCUCAAAGGGAUUAUUAUAUUAUGAAGACAGCGACGCGGAGGAUGCCGAGCGUCUGUUUCAGGAACAAACUAGAUUCGCCAAUAGUCCAGAUCUGUAUCCGCGAACGAUUCAGGAGCAGUAUCUUCAGCAAUUGAUCAGCGGUCCCAGCAGAGAUCGUACACGAAGAAAUUCCAUCGACUCCACCCACCUUUAUUACCGUUCCAGGGAAUCGAGUCAACCAAGAUUCUUCGAACCUGGCCCAAGUUCACAGGGAAUUUCAACGUUGACACGACAAGGUUUGGAGAUCGUGGAGCUUCUAAGGGAAGCCGAGAAACACGGCUAUUCCACGGAUGAUGUUCAGGUGGCCUUGUCACAGGGUGCAAGUAACCCGAUCGACUGGCUAAAGACGCAGUGGCCCCAUUUGGUGGAAACUGUACAAGUUUUAGUUACUACUCAGGGAAAAGAACUGAAGGAGAACAAUAUCGGGGUGCUUUCCGCCAUCGAGGCGAAAGAGGCCUUGAGAGCUACAAAGGGAGACGUUUGGAACGCUGUCACCAUGGCUGUUCAACGUAGACAGCUAAAAUGCGAGGAAAUUAUGAAGAAAGGCAACUUCGCAAUGGCGGAAGUGGUGAAAUCAUUGGAAAAUAAUUCUGGUGCCGAGGACGCGGCCUUGUUCGAGCUGCAAAAGAAUCAGCUCAAGCCGUUCUUGAUGAGAAUCUGGGGUCCUCCGGUUGGGGUGGAAAACGAUGAGGCUGCACCGCGGGAAGAUACAGCAGGUGCGGUCGGUGGUGGAACGGGUGGUUCCGAACAGGUUACCAACGUGUCGGACGCUGAAGCCAGGAAGCAGGUAAUGUCACCAAUCGUAGAAAAUUUCGUCGCGUUGCAGGCCGACUUUCAAAAGCAACUGGCAGCCCUCAGACAACUGACCGAUAACUGGCAACAUGACAAAGACCCCCUGAAUACGUUCGGUAAUAAGCCUGAUAAUCUGUAUCAAGUUAACACUGACGAUCGAAUCGUUCUAAUCGAUAAAAAUCUGGUCCCAAGGGCCGUACAAGACCUCGAUGUAGCCAGCACUCUUAAAACACUGGAGAACGAGGAACCAAAACUAACCAAUCAAGACGAUACUAAAUUAAUAAGAAUUAACAAGACUGAUACGUCCAUUAUAACUGAAAAACAAGACCAAAAUAACAAUUCCACUAUAAAGGCGAUUGAAGAACAAGUUCAGAAUCUAUCAGAAAAUUUAUUAAACCAGAAUCAGAUCAACGUUGAAAAAAAAUUAACGAUAGAAAAAAUUUCACAUACGAAAGAAAAUGAAAAAAUUCGAUCGGAUGAGUUGCAAAAAGAAAAUAUCGAUGUAACUAAACCCACAUUACCUGAGGAUAUUGAUCCAGCUGCUGUACCUAAGGACAACGACCGAAACAUCAGUAUUUCGAUAAAUUUAAUUGAGAAAGACAUCCCUAAUCAAUCAGAAAAUUUGUUAAAGGAGAGUCCGAGCGAACAAAAGAUAAAAGGGAUCUCAGUUCCUGAUACAAAAGAAGGUAGAAGUGUAGAUGAAGAAGUUAGUGUCUCGUCUUCCAGUGUAGUAGAAGAAUCAUCGUAUAAAGCAGAAGCCGAAACGAGCGAUGUAACCAGGUCGAAAAAGAAUGUAAAGCAAACUGUGGGGAUGAGUUUGAAAGUAGCUGAGGUAAAGGGCGAAGAAGCUGGUUCACGCGUAAAAGAAAGCGAAACGACGUCUCAAAAGAUUUCAGACGCCGGUCAAAGCAGCCAAGGAAUAGAUACAGCUUCUUCGUCGCGUUUGGAGAAAAACGAAUCGCCAUCCCAAAAUCCUUCUGAUCCUCAUCAAAGAGCUGUGCAAGUAGAUAAAGGCUCUCCUUCAGUGGAGAAUGUCCCUUUGCGAUCUAACGUAUCGGAUCAAGGUUUACCCGAAAGUGUAUCGAAGACGUCCGAAUCGGCUCGAGGUUCUUCGCAAACUGGAAUCGAACGAGCCGACUUAAUAAACCAAAUGUUGGAACAAGGCGAAGAGUCCCUUCAAAAGGCAACAACUUCUACAGAAUUAAUUAAGAGUCUUAAAAAUUCCAGCGAAAACGGAGACGCGGGGAUUUCAGGGAAUAUCGACGUAACGAGUAAAGAAACGACGGGAUCAUUGGAUAAAUUAAGGCCUAUAAAGGAAGAUACGAAAGUAGAAUCGGGCAACGUUAUCGAACAAGCGCAAUCACCGAUAAUUACGGCUGAGAAUGGCUCGACAGAUCAAAGUUCUGAAAACGUCUCGCCGGAAGCUCGUCCAGAAGGCAACGAGACGCAAGUAGCCACCGUGGAGGCACUGUUAUCUGCCGUGAAAUCGCUGCCAGAGCAAUUACUGGGCCCUUUCAUAUCGGCAAUGCAAAUGUUGUCGUCGAAGAAAUCGAGCAACGAGACCGAUCGAGCGAACGUUCUCGAAGUUGUAACAGAAGAUCAGAAUUCCACGUCUUUUCAAGCUUCCAGCGAAACUGGGUCUGACAAGAAUGAAAAUGUACCUCUGGGAAGCGUCGAAAAUGCAGAGGAGCUUGUAUCAGGUGUAGCCGAAACUGUAACAACCGAAACGACCGCGACUGACAUCGAAAAGCUACAUGAUCUCGAAACGGUACGUAAAAACGAAAAAAGCGAUAAUAUUUCGCAUACUAGCGUAGGAGGAGCGACAAUGGAGGUAAAAUUUAACGGGAAUCGGGUCCCAGGAGACACGAUAACACUGUUGCAGAGCGGAGAGAAACCUGAAACAACGAUAACUAAAGUAAGUUCGCCAGAAGCCGCGAAUAAUAUUAACAGCGAUGAAAAGCUAGACAAGGUACCUAAAUCUGAGCAGUUAUCACGUCCAGUACACGAAAUCACCAGUGAUAGUUCAAAGGUAUCGUCGGUAGAAGUCGAUUCAUCCCAUCGUUAUCAUCUCGACGCGAAUGCGGAAAUUCAUACGUGGAACGAUCUACCUAUUCAUGAACGAUCAUCGUCAAAGGAAGCUGGCAACUCUUCCGUGACCGGCAUCAAAGAUCCUCGACCUAACAAUGCAUCUUUGAACAGCGAAUCACUCACAAGCGAUAGCUCGAUGAGACACAACGGGACCAUUGGCGCACAAUCAUUAUCGGACAAGAUAUCAUCCUCGGUUGUAUGUGACUCGGGAACGUGUGAAUCAUCCGACAUGCAAACGUCUAUCAUCGAGACUCGACCUAGCGAUGAUAACCGUGUGAAAUUAAUUGAUGGCAGUUUGACGACUGACAAUAGAAGAUCUGAGGAUGUUAUGUCUAAUCAUAUAUCGCAUGAUAAUAAUCAUACUAAUUCGGUCGUGACCCAGGUAGCAGCAUCUUCUCAGUUAGUUAACUUUGAAAAUAAUUCUGUAGAUUACAAAGUUUCCGAAAAUUCUAAAAUUGAAUCGCAGAAAAUUUCUGAGGAUAAUCUUGUUAGAAACUCUGAGUGUAAAAUUUUGGAAGAUUCGAAAAUUGCUCGAAAUGAAUUUUCUAAGGAAAGUGAAGUUGCUAUUCGAGAUUCUUCAAAAGAUUCUGAAAUAGCUCAGGAAAUUUCUGCAGAUCCUAAGAGUGUUGUAACUUCCAAAGAUUCCAAGAUCGAUGAAAUUCCUAGUGAUCCCAAAUCUUCUGAAAUUUCGAUGGAUUCUGGUAUCGUUACACAUGAUGUAUCGGAAAAUAGAACCUUUACUCAAGAAAUUUCUGAAAAUUCUAAAAACAUUAUACCUAAUACUCCGAAAAGUCCUGCAUCUAUAAUCUUUGAAGUUUUAAAGGGUUUUAUAUCUACUUCAAAUGAAGUAUCUAAUGAUCCCAAAAUUCUUAUUCAAGAAGCUUCUUCGGAUUUGAAAACUGGUCUUCACGUAGCUUCUUCAGACUUGAAAAAAAUACCUAAUGAUUCCAAAAUUACCAUUCACGAAAUUCCAAAAAGUCCUACAUCUAGCUCAGAUGAAACAUCUAUUGAAUCUAAAAUUCUUAUUCAAGAAUCUUCGAAAAACCUGAAAAUUGUUGACGAAACUUCUUCAAGCUCUAAUAUUAUUGUCCAUGAAGUUUUAAAAGAUUCUAAACCUAGUUCACACGAAAUGUCUACUGAUUCCAAGAUACUUAUCCAAAAAGCUUCGAAAGAUUUGGAAGCAGUUGUUGAGGAAGCAUCCUCAGAUCCCAACAUUGCUAACUAUGAAAUUUCAGAAGAUUCUAAAUCUAAUUCAAAGGAAAUAUCCAAUAACUCCAAAACACUUACCCAGGAAGCUUCGAAAGAUUUGGAUGCAGUCGUUGAGAAAGCAUCCUCAGAUCCCAACAUUGCUAACCAUAAAUUUUCAGAAGAUUCUAAAUCUAGUCCAAAGGAAAUAUCCAAUAACUCCAAAACACUUACCCAGGAAGCUUCGAAAGAUUUGGAUGCAGUCGUUGAGAAAGCAUCCUCAGAUCCCAACAUUGCUAACCAUGAAUUUUCAGAAGAUUCUAAAUCUAAUUCAAAGGAAAUAUCUAAUAACUCCAAAAUACUUAGCCAAAAAGCAUUGAAAGAUACAAAAGCUGUUAUUGAAGAAACAUCUUCAGAUCCCAAAAUUGCUAACCAUGAAAUUUCAGAAGAUUCCAAAUCUAGUUCAAAAGAAAUAUCCAAUAAUUCCAAAAUACUUAGCCAAAAAGCUCCGGAAGAUUUGGAAACAGUUGUUGAGAAAGCAUCCUCAGAUCCCAACAGUGCUAACCAUAAAGUUUCAGAAGAUUCUAAAUCUAAUUCAAAGGAAAUAUCCAAUAGCUCCAAAACACUUAUCCAGGAAGCUUCGAAAGAUUUGGAUGCAGUCGUUGAGAAAGCAUCCUCAGAUCCCAACAUUGCUAACCAUGAAGUUUCAGAAGAUUCCAAAUCUAGUUCAAAGGAAAUAUCCAAUAAUUCCAAAAUACUUAGCCAAAAAGCUCCGGAAGAUUUGGAAACAGUUGUUGAGAAAGCAUCCUCAGAUCCCAACAGUGCUAACCAUGAAGUUUCAGAAGAUUCUAAAUCUAAUUCAAAGGAAAUAUCCAAUAACUCCAAAACAUUUAUCCAGGAAGCUUCGAAAGAUUUGGAUGCAGUCGUUGAGAAAGCAUCCUCAGAUCCCAACAUUGCUAACCAUGAAUUUUCAGAAGAUUCUAAAUCUAGUCCAAAGGAAAUUUCUAAUGAUUCCAACAUUUCUAUUCAAGAAGCGUCGAAAGAUUUAAAAACUGUUGACGAGAUUUCUCAAAAUUUUAAUGUUGGUAUCCACGAAAUUUCGGAGGAUUUCGAAGAUAUUCCACGCGAUGUUCCCAAACGGCCAUACACUAAUACUCCCAAAUCAACCCAAGAAUCCGAAAUUCAAGAAAUUCCUAACAAACCAACAACAAUCGUACACGAAACUUUGAAAGCACUUUUGCAUGUGUCUGAAAAAGUAGAGCAGUCUAUCUCUGUAGCAUGUCACAUUCCCCAGAGCAACGACAAAAUCGAUACUUCGCCAAUAACUUCAGCAAGUAAGUCUGUCGACUCUAAAGAAAUUCGCGAGCAAAUUAAUAUUCAUUUAAAACCUGUCAAAGACGAUCAUCCUCUAUCGAUAUCUCCUACAAAAAUUAACGAUAUAACAAAAGACUCUUUGAUAGAGAUAAAAAAAGAUUCUUCGACGAUCGUGGAACGAAAUAAUUCAAACAAAUCGAUGGAAACAAUCGAUGCGAACAACGAGUCAGAAAUAGAAAAGAACGACCAAGAGAUAUUUUCUGACUCUAUUUCGAACAAGGUCGAGGCAAAUACAACUUGCGAAGCAAUAGCGAAUAUCGAACCGGCAAUAGUAACUAUCUCGAGUGACCCUCGUAUUUCCGGUUCCUCGUUGACCUCGCAUUCUUUGGACACCGAAUCUGCCGUUAACAAGCUAAAUUCUACGGAUACUAACAACAUUCCUAAGAACCUCGUUGUUCCUAAUAACGAUAUGUCGUAUAAUGCAUCGAACUCGAACGAAGAAAGUCAAGUUGUCGAGCUAAAUCUGACCGAUACGAAUCUCGAAACUUACGUCGUUCCUAACGUGCUUGGAAACGUUAACGAAUUUUCCAGUUCGAUUCCCUGCAACGAUGAAAGUAUCACGAAGGAUUCGAACAAUAACGCGUCCCAUUUAUAUCCGCUAAGCUCGAGUGAAAUCGAAGGGAAUGAAAGGGAAGAAAAUAAGAAAGAAGAUGCUGCAUUAUUUAUUAAAGAUUCUGUAAAUAUAUUAAAAUUCGAAUUAAGCGUUAAUUCCAAUAAUAAAAAUCCAGAGACAGAGUGUUCGAUCAUCGAUAAUAUUAACGAUGUUCCUCCAGGAGUACCUGAAACUAUAGAGAUUAAAAUCAUGGAAUCUCCCAUGUUAGCGGUGAACGAUUGUGCGCCAAUAAAGGUUCUAGAAAGUCCAUCAGAGAACGAAGUAAAACCGAUUGAGACGGCGAAAUUGCAAACAGAAAGCGCGACCGAAGCACGCAAGAUCGUGACGAUUUCGGGAGAAAGCGCGGUAGACGUUGAAAAUAAUGAAGUAGAUGCAAAUGAAGUUGAUAAGACGGUUACCUCGAGAGUUGCAGUCAAGGAGAGAUCCAAAUCUCCUGCCAAAAAGGUCGGCAGAAGGAGGUCUCCCGUGAAAGUCGUUAAAAAAUCUACCGGCAUACCGAGAAGGAAUUUUGGAAAAGUUAGCCCGAGAGGCGCGACGAUUGCAAAGGCGAAAGAUGCCGCGGCUGAAAUAACUCGAAGAUCGACUUUGUCGAACCAAAGGAGAAGUCCAGGAAAAACAAUCGCGAAAGUCGUUAAGAUCGUUUCAUCGAACAGUUCGAUAAAUAAAACAAAAUCAGCAACUAAUACUAGGCAGAAGCAAGUUUCAAAAGGUUCCAAAUCGACGGAGAAGAAAGUAAUUCCGGAAAGGAAGUCGACAAUCUUGAGUACGUUGUCCAAAGGUUGUGAACAAAUUAAAAAAUCAAUCAUGAAUGCACAGACUAACGAUAAAAAUAGUGGAAUGACGGCUAAAAAGUCUUCGAAAGGGAACAGCGCGUUAAAACAUUCUUUCCUUUCAAGGAUUCCCGUGUUCACAGCGAGACGUCGACUUCCACAAGUACAAGAGACUCCAAAAAGUUCUCAGCAAUCUUCGAAAGCGGCAUCCGGUGACGAGUUAACUAACACCUCGGCGAAACCAUCGAUUACCCAACAAACAGCAAGGAAAAGUAGUUCAUCCGGAAGUGAUUCGAAGAUCAGAGCAGAGCGAAAAAUUGAGCCGGAUAAAGUCGGAAAUUUAAAUGACAAAAAGACGGUAAUCGUAAAAACUGCAAUCACUCGGACGAAGACUUGCGAAAGGAGCGAAAAAACGAAGUCAGCGAUGGCAUCAGGGAAAAAUGACGAGGAAAUAGACGUGACUGGGUCCAACGAAGAUCAAACGAUAUCUAAGAAAUUGGAUUUAAAUGAUACCACUUCCAGCGAAGAAUACGAGCUGGAAGAAGUUUCUGAUAAUGACUCUUCCACUUCCGACUUCGAGAGCGCAACGGAAUCUGAAAUAUCAGAAACGGGGAAGCAGCUUUCCGAUCGCACGUCAGACAGCAUCGAAGAGCUAACCGAUGCUGAAAUCAUGCUACAGGAAACAAUCAACGCGAUAAAAGCAAAAAUAUCCGACUCUGAAUUCGAAGAUUCUGAAAAUGAAUACGUAACUGAUAAUGACAGUCAAGAAGAUUCUGAUUCCAGUGAAACUCACGUGAACGUGAAAGACUCUUCUUUCGAAGAGGAAGAAGAAGAAGAAGAAGAAGAAAUAAAAGAAAUGGAACAAAUAGAUAAUAAAGAGCUAAACUAUAUUUCGUCUGAGGAGGACGAAACUUUGAGAGCUGAUAGCAUUGACGUAAAGGACCAACGAAAGCAAAUGACAAAUUCAGACAACAAUACCAAAGAAACAUUAAAAAAUACCACUUCUAAAACUCAUUCCAUUAAAAAACCAAAAGAACAGUUAAUACCACUAAAGAACAGUACAGACGCAAUUAAAGAUAAGCCUGGUAAACUAAAGGGGAAACUUGAGAUGAACGAUAACUCUAGUAAAAACGGGCAGAAUAAGACAGAUCCUAAGACUGAGGUAGCGAAAGCGAGACGUACGAGCGACAAGCGAGUGAAAGCGAGUCGUAGAGCGAGCACAGGCUGUGAUAGAGGGGUAGAUCAGGGAGGAACAUCGAAGAAACGAUUCUCCUUGGUGGCCAGUUGUAUCCGUCGGUUCGAGGGCGAAGAAAAUACAGAACGGGAAUACGUGGAAAGUAGAAGCGGCAACUUGAAGACAGGGGGAUCUCCCAAAACGGAGAGGGAGAGAAUUGCUCGACGCCUCUUAGCGGAAGGAAAAGCGUCGAACUACGAUGAGGCGGAAGUGGCCGCCAGUUUGCUGGCCUUGAAGUUUGGAGACGUCGAGGCUCUUCAUGCGGCUAAAGAGUGUUCCAGCGUAGAAUCGGCAUUGGCUUUCUUGCAACAAGAAUGCGAACUUUGUACAGGUCGCUUUGCGAUGAGUCAGAUAGUGUCCAUGCUGAAAUGCGUGCACCGUUGUUGCAACGAGUGCGCGAAGAACUACUUCACUAUCCAAAUCAGCGACAGAAAUAUCACGGACGCAGUUUGUCCAUUUUGUAAGGAGCCAAAUCUAAAAGACGCCAACGAAGACGAGGUGUUAGAAUAUUUCAGUAACCUGGACAUACAAUUGAAAACACUUCUAGAUCCUCCGAUUCAUGAACUCUUCCAAAGAAAGCUGAGAGACAGAACAUUAAUGCAAGAUCCGAACUUUAAGUGGUGCAUUCAGUGUUCAAGCGGAUUUUACGCCGAUCCGGAUCAGAAGAGAUUAAUAUGUCCCGAUUGUCGAUCAGUCACGUGUGCAUUGUGUCGAAGACCGUGGGAGAAACAGCACGAAGGAAUUACGUGCGAGCAAUUUGCUGCUUGGAAAGACGAGAAUGACCCGGAUAAUCAAGCCGCUGGCUUAGCCAAGCACCUCGCGGAUAAUGGGAUAGAUUGUCCUAAAUGCAAAUUUCGCUACUCCUUGUCUAGGGGAGGUUGUAUGCAUUUCACAUGUAGCCAGUGCAAGUAUGAAUUCUGCUGCGGUUGCGGAAAGGCAUUCAUGAUGGGAGCAAAAUGCUCGGUCAGUCAGUAUUGCGCGAAACUGGGCCUUCAUGCUCACCAUCCACGAAACUGUCUGUUCUAUCUUCGAGAUAAGGAGCCUAUGCAGUUGCAACAGCUGUUAAGAGAUAAUGGAAUCGAGUACGACACGGAGGGUCCGGCUGGCGAGCGCAAGUGCAAAGUGCAAUUGCAGAAAGAAACUCCCACCGGUGUUGUAGAUGCGGUAUGCAAUUCAGAUGUCGUUGUGGGACACGCUGGCUUGUGCAGGAUCCACUAUAUCGAAUACCUAGUUCGAAAGAUCCGGGAGACCCAACUGGAACCGCUUCCCUUGUUAAACGUAGACGAUCUCGAGACUUGCGUGAAACGUGCGGGGAUCAAAUUGCCCCCGAAUUGGCAGCACUACAUUGAGUACUUGGCGGGCCUGGUACUGAAGGGCAAGCUGGAUCCCGUGGCGAUCUUUGACUUGAACGAUGCCAAGCAAGAGCUGCGCCGUCGGGGAAAAGUUCCCCCUGCGAAGGACCAGGAAAUGUCCGAGCGGGAUUAUCUCGAGGCGUGCAUUCAGGUUGUACGGAAGGAGAUUCCACUGGAGUGAUAAAUGGGUAAUAAUUAAUGAACGACAUUAUGUAAGUUCCGCUUCUGAUACGUCAUGUAUAGUGUAUUUAUUUUAUCAUAUGGACAGUGAUGUAGAGAGCAAUUAUUGACGAUUAAAGUAAACAAAGAUUGAAAA